AUGAGGAAGAACAACCAGACAUGUGUGACUGAGAUAGAGUUGGUGGGAUUCUCCGAUUUCCAAACAUUGCAAGUCCUACCCUUUGUGCUGGUGUUCACCUUCUAUGUGAUGGCCCUGAUAGGGAACACUCUGAUUGUUAUCAUCACGAUCACAGACUCUGCCCUUCAGACUCCCAUGUAUUUCUUCCUCAGGAAUUUAUCCUUCCUGGAGAUCUGCUACACCUCGGUCACCCUGCCCAAGAUGCUGGUCAACCUGAUCUCGGAGACCCAGACUAUCUCCUUUGCAGGUUGUGGAGCUCAGAUGUGUUUCUUCAUUCUCUUUGGUAUGACCGAGUGCUGCCUCCUCUCCGUCAUGGCAUAUGACCGGUACAUGGCCAUAUGCCACCCCCUGCAAUACACCCUCAGCAUGAACCAGAUGGUUUGUGCUUGGAUGGCAGCCGGUUCCUGGAUCAUUGGUAUCCUGGUAGGUUUUGGACACACCAUUUCGAUAUUUACACUGCCUUUCUGUGGGUCUAAUAGAAUCAACCAUUUCUUCUGUGACGUUUUCCCUGUGCUGAGACUGGUCUCCACAGACACCCACAAGAAUGAAGCUGCGGUUACUACCACCACAGUUCUCUUUAUCCUGGCACCAUUUUUGCUUAUCCUCUUGUCAUACGGCCUCAUCAUCUCCACCAUCCUGAAGAUGCCCUCAGCUGAAGGCAGACAGAAAGCGUUCUCCACCUGCUCCUCACACCUAAUUGUGGUUUCUCUCUUCUAUGGGACUGGAACUUUUAUUUAUAUGCAGCCCAGUUCAGAACAGUCCCAGGGCAGUAACAGGUUCCUUUCCCUGGUAUACACGGUGCUGACUCCAACAUUUAACCCCAUUAUUUACAGCCUGAGGAACAAGGAGAUAAGAUGUGCUCUCAGGAAGACAACAGGCAGGAAAAUGUUCCCUCAGGAAACAUCUAUGGGAUGA